AUGAACCCAUCCGUUCAGCCGGGACAGAGGAUUCAGAUCGCCAUGUCGACCGAUCAAGCGAAGCAGCCCGAGGAGGGCGAGCAUGAACUGCAGGAUGUUCAACCUACGAAGCCGGUGUCGCGCUUCACGCGGUGGUUUCGCAGCCCGCUGUUCAACGUCAUCCUCGUGGGCUUGAUUUCUUUCACUCAGCCGGGUAUCUGGAACGCGCUUAACAGCACUGGCGCUGGCGGUCAACAAGAGCCGUAUCUCGUCAACGGCUCCAACGCCCUCACAUUCGGAAUCAUGGUGUUCGGCUGCUCCUUCUUCGCCAUCUUGGCCAACAAGAUUGGACUGAAGACAGUCCUCGUCAUCGGCACACUGGGCUACGCACCUUACUCUGCAUCGAUGUAUGUUAACAACCGAUAUGGCGUCGAGUGGUUCGUCCUGUUCGGAGGUGCAACUUGUGGUGUUGCUGCUUCGGCUCUGUGGGCCGCUGAGGGUGCCAUCGCCCUCGGCUACGCUGACAUCAAGGACCGAGGCAAGUUCACGGGUAUUUGGCUCGGUCUUCGUGAGCUUGGCCAGCUUCUCGGUGCUUCGAUCCAGCUUUCACUCAACUACAAGAACGGCCAGCGCGGCAAGGUUGGAUACUCCACCUAUCUCAUCCUGAUCGCCCUCCAAUGCCUAGGACUUCCCCUCGCACUUCUCGUGUCCCCUCCGGAGAAGAUCAUCCACCGCGAUGGGAGGAAGAUUGCCGACCCCACCAAGAACAAGGCCGUCCUGGGCGAGUUCAAGAAGUGGUGGGGCCUGAUGAAGAGGAAGCAGUUCUUUCUCCUGAUUCCUAUCCUCAUCGGUUUCAACUGGAACAGCACGUACCAAGGCAUCUACCUCACCAAGUACUUUUCCGUCCGGGCCAGAACCUUGGGCGCUCUUACUUCCGGCAUUGCCGCCUCGGCCGCCAACAUGUUCUGGGGAUGGUUCUACGACUUGAAGUGUUUCAGUCGUCCUCAACUUGCGAAGAUCACAUGGGCUUCUUUUGCCAUCAUUAUGCUGGGCUUGUUCGCUUGGCAAACAGCGAAUGAGAAGCUGUACGAGGACACCGUGCCAAAGAUCACCCUCGACUGGUCUUCUCCCGGCUUUGGACGUGGCUUUGCUGUAAACGUUCUGUUCCGAUUCAUGAACGAGUCUCAUUACAUGUUCGUGUACUGGAUCAUGGGGACCUUCUUCGAUGACAUCGAGACCUUGACCUUGGGUGUCGGUCUUGUUCGAUCAUUUGAAUCUAUUGGCUCCUGCUUGGCGUUUGGUAUCGGGGCGGUCAAGGUGUCGCCCAUGGUCAACUUGGUUGUGGCCUUUGUGAUGUUUGCUAUCUGCAUCCCGGCAACCUCGUGGGCUGUCUUGCUGGUCCCCGAGAGACCUGUCGACAACUCGAAGACCGACUCCGACAACUCAUUGGUGGAAACGAGCAAGGCUGCCGACCCAGUCAUUGUGUCCACGGCCGCCGCAGCAGCAGAUGGGCCGCGCAACAUCUAG